GGCUCCGUGAACACGACACCGUGACUUUAUAUCAUUAAACGACAACGACGAUGAAAAACGGUUACGCGCUCGUUAUUUGAUCGCCGAAGAAUCCAAUGUCGCGCGUUGUCGCGAACGUGGCAGCAGCGUUCGGGCUAUAGACCCGUUCGAGGCUUUCUCUCCCCUCUCUCUCCCUCUCUGGCUAUUCCUCAGUAGCCUCAGUCUCUCUUUCGGUUGCUUUCGGUUCCUUUCAUGGCAAAUGGUUCUUCGUGAUCGCGGAUCAUCGCGGACUCACGAAUCCUCUUUGUCCGUUGUCGCUCGCAACAAAGCGAAGCUUGUGCACGCGAUGGACGAGGAGAAACACCUGCACGCGACGCGACCUUGUUAAAGACUUUGUGACUUGUGCGACGGUAAUAAUUCGCGAGUACAACGGAGAUCCUCCGAAGAAUUUUCCGCGAUCCCCGCGCGUCAACCGACGCGCUGGAACAUUGCCGCCUCCUCGGCAAAAAUCGUGUCGAACGCAAAUAUAACGCAGGUUUGACGACGAAGGUGGACGAGGCAACGUAACGUCAACCGUACGUGUCUUCGGACGGAACAUUGAUUGGAUCAACGCAGCAACACUUCCUUGGGAACUUCUUGCAGUCGAUGCUACGUCCAUAGGUGCGAUCUGAUCGUUUACUCUACUCGAGGAAGGGGGAAAAAGAAACAUCAUUGUAGACUAGAAGCGCGCUAAUUGAAACAAUGGAUUCGGAGGAGGAAACGCUUUAUGAUGACGUUGACUCCGGCAACGAGUCCAGCGGCGAUGACGUUGAUUUUGCUAUGGAAAUAGAGUCUGGUAAUCCACGGGAGCGAGCUACCGAUGUUGACGAGUAUCCCUUUGAAGUACUUUCCACAGAAGAGAUUGUACAGCACAUGGUUGACUCCAUAAAGGAAGUCAACACUGUUGUCGAAAUACCAGCUACUACCACACGUAUUUUAUUAAAUCAUUUUAAAUGGGAUAAAGAAAAAUUGAUGGAACGGUUUUACGACGGUGAUCAGGAAAAGUUGUUUGCCGAGGCACGCGUCAUUAAUCCGUUUAGGAAGGGUCCUUUAAUAAGCAGGAGCCGAUCCUCCCAAAGUUCGUUAGUAAACCCUAAAAGACCGACAAACGGAACGGAGGAAUGUGGUAUCUGUUUCAUGAUCUUGCCAUCCUCAAUGAUGACUGGUCUGGAAUGUGGACAUCGUUUUUGUACCGGUUGUUGGGGUGAAUACUUGACAACUAAGAUUAUGGAAGAAGGAGUUGGACAAACAAUAGCAUGUGCUGCUCACGCGUGUGACAUUUUAGUCGACGAUGCCAGUGUUAUGCGACUUGUCAAAGAUUCCAAAGUUAAAUUAAAAUAUCAACAUUUAAUCACCAAUAGCUUUGUUGAAUGCAAUAGGUUAUUGAGAUGGUGCCCUUCUCCCGAUUGCAAUAAUGCCAUUAAGGUGCAGUACGUAGAAGCGAGACCAGUUACUUGCAAAUGUGGACAUAUCUUUUGUUUCCACUGUGGCGAAAACUGGCACGAUCCUGUAAAGUGUCAUUUACUCCGCAAGUGGAUCAAAAAGUGCGAUGAUGAUUCUGAAACAUCAAACUGGAUUGCUGCUAACACAAAGGAGUGCCCCAAGUGUAAUGUUACUAUCGAAAAAGAUGGCGGAUGCAAUCAUAUGGUUUGCAAGAAUCAGAAUUGUAAAACUGAAUUUUGUUGGGUAUGUCUUGGACCUUGGGAACCGCAUGGUUCUAGCUGGUAUAAUUGCAACCGUUACGACGAAGAGGAAGCUAAAGUAGCCAGGGAUGCGCAAGAAAAAUCCAGAUCAGCUUUACAGAGAUAUUUAUUUUAUUGCAAUAGAUAUAUGAACCAUAUGCAAUCACUAAAGUUUGAAAGUAAAUUGUAUGCUAGUGUAAAAGAGAAGAUGGAAGAAAUGCAGCAACAUAACAUGUCGUGGAUUGAGGUACAAUUUUUAAAAAAGGCAGUUGAUAUUUUGUGUUCCUGUAGACAGACUCUCAUGUACACUUAUGUUUUCGCUUAUUAUGUGAAAAAGAACAAUCAAUCUGUGAUUUUUGAGGAUAACCAAAAGGAUCUGGAGAGUGCCACAGAGUGCCUCUCUGAAUAUCUUGAAAGAGAUAUCACGAGCGAAAAUCUUGCAGACAUUAAACAAAAGGUUCAAGAUAAAUAUAGAUACUGCGAUAGCCGAAGAAAAGUGCUUUUAGAACAUGUCCACGAAGGGUAUGAGAAAGAAUGGUGGGAUUACAAGGAAUAGAGGAUUCUUGCUAGUUUCAUUUUUUGGGGUGAUACAAGUCCUCUUCCUUCCCACCUCUGCCCCAACUGUGAUAAACCAAGAAAGAGUUAACGAGACAAAAAUGAAGCAUGUCACAAAGUGAUGAACGUGUUAUAUUCACUUUAUACAUAAUACGCUCUGUGGCACAACAUCUAUAAUGUCGUUUAUGAUUAAUAUUGAACUCAAAUUAUUAAAAUUCAAUCCGAUCACAAAGUUGAUUGGAUAAUAUUUGAUUUGCGCUUGCUGUGUACUGUACAUCAUUGUAGAUUCUUGAUUCUUGAUAAAAAUGUCCCAUUGUUUUAGGAAAUCUUAAGAAAAGUUAUAUUCAUUAAGACGAACAACGUGUGUCGUUAUCCGCAAUAUACUUAGCAUGUUGCGAUGUAAACGUGACUUCGCUAAAAAUUUGCUAUUUUAUUUAACAUAUUUUACUGAUGUUAGGCGAAUUGAAGGCUUUUGAAUCCUGAAAACUUAUUUUCUUCCCCCUUUAAUAUUUUAAGGAUAGCUGUUUAAAAUAAGUUAUCCCAACUAUUUUAUUCUAUUUUGGACCACAAUACGUCCAGGCUAAAACUGCCAAUGUUUAAAAACACUAAAUUAUCUAUAUGCAUAUCGUCAGUGCUGUGUAUUCAUGUCUAAUAGCUCUUUUCAUUUUUGCUUGUGUACUGUUUUCAUGAAAGAUGCUUAAAUACAGAAUAUGUUCCAAUAUCGUAAAGAUGUCAUUCUGCUAUUUUUUUCUGUAUAUAUUUUUUUUACAAAUAAAUUAUUUACAAUAUCAAUUAAUUAUAUUCAUAUUGACAUUGUGCAGAUUAAAGGGGGCCAAGUUUGUGAUAUCUUUCACAUGUACCAUAUUCCAUCUCUGCAUGUAAAAGUAGAACACUACAAUUAUCCACUUGC